GGCUCGGAGCGCGGCGGCCCCGCAGUCAGAUGCGGAGGGAGAGCCCGCUCGCCUCGCGUCUUUUUCUUCUCCCCGUCUCGACUGCUCUUGUCCGCAGCGUGGACCUGCCCAGUACCAGAAAUUGCCCUUGCAAAAUGAGCCAGCUUCCUCUGAAGAGUCCUUUGGCAUCCCCAGUGUCAGCCGGCAUGAAUUCCAGGGUAGAGUCUGUGGACAGCUUGUCAAUGGACAGUUUUUGGCUGGAAGUAGAGAACAUUAAACAGAGUGCUGAAGCUGAGCAAGAGGAAUGCAGCCUUGCAGAUGUCAAAACACAAGAGGAGGGAGAAGCUGAAGCCGAGUGGCUCCAGGAUGCAGGUCUGUCCGACCUCCUUGGGGACUGUGCCUCAGAAAAUGACAAUGUGCUGCUCUCCACUCUGACCAAGACGCAGGCGGCCGCGGUGCAGCGGCGCUUGGAUACCUACUCCCGCUCUCGGAGGAGGAAGAACAAGCAUCCCGUGAGGGACGUCCGAGACAUUUUUGGAGUGGUCAACUCAGAGGAGACAGCAGCAGGCAAUGAGCAGUCCAGCCCAGAGCAGUUGUGGCACAAUCUACGGACUUCAACUGUACAGAAAUCAGAAACCCAGGAAUACUCCUGCACAGUUCGAAACCCUGCGAAAGAGGAGAUGUUCAACAUGGAUGUUGCCUACUCAGAACAGGCAGCUGUCCUGCUCAAGGGGUCAUUCCUGUCUGAAUCUAGGAGGUUAAAGGAUGGAAAUGCCCUAACUAAAUUUAAGAUCCCUAAGGGCAGACUAGGAGUGACCAGAGUUGGAGAUCUGUCCACUCAGGACAUGAAGAAGAUCCCCACACUGGCUCUUAUUGAACUAACAGCUCUCUGUGAUGUUCUGGGCUUUGAGCUGAAGAGAAACAAAGCUGCAAAACUGAAAACAACAGAGAAAAAGCUCUUUGGAGUUCCACUCAACACCAUGUUGGAAAAUGACCAAAAACUGCUUCCCAACACCAAAGUCCCUCUGUUACUACAGGCACUGCUGUCUUGCUUGGAAAAGAGAGGACUUGAAACCGAGGGCAUUUUAAGAGUUUCUGGAUCCCAGACCAGAAUCAAGAGUCUGGAGCAGAAGCUAGAAAGGGACUUCUAUACUGGCCUUUUCCAUUGGGAUGAAGUGCACCAGAAUGAUGCAUCAGGGCUACUGAAAAGAUUCAUAAGAGAGCUGCCAGCCCCACUGCUGACAGCAGAGUACCUCCCUGCUUUUGCUGCUGUGCAAAAUAUUCCAGACCUGAAGCAAAGAUUGCAAGCUCUAAACCUCCUGAUCCUGAUUCUGCCAGAGCCCAACAGAAACACUCUAAAGGCUCUACUUGAAUUUCUCAGCAAAGUGGUUGCCAGGGAGAACAACAACAAAAUGAACCUCUGGAAUGUUUCCACAGUCAUGGCCCCAAACCUCUUCAUGCACAAAGGACUGCCAAACAAGAUCCCUGAAGGAAAGGAGAAACAGCUGGCAGAGGGGGCAGCUGAUGUUGUCAGGAUGAUGAUCCAUUACCAGGAUUUGCUCUGGACAGUCUCUUCUUUUCUGGUAGCCCAAGUAAGAAAGCUGAAUGAGAGCAAUAGCAAAAGGUACCAGUUCUGUGACAAGAGAAUUAAAAACUUGUUGCGGAAGAUUCAUGCUGAUAAAGACAAGGUGGAAAAGAACCAGGCAGAGCCUUCCAAGAUUGUGAAGGUCCACGCUUCACUUCUCCUGAAGGAUUCUCUAGAGGUGCAUUUAAACAAUGCAACCAGAGUUGCUGAUGUCUUGAGGCAGUUUCAAAAGAACCUGUGUCAGAAUGGCUGGAGUAUUGUUAAUACUGUCAACCUCCUCAAGUGUAACAACUCAAUGGAGUGCACAAACUUGCUCUUGUAUGAAGUGGGAGGCAAUAUUGGUGAGCAUUGCCUGGACCCAGACACUUACCUCUUAGAUUUGUACCACAUUAAUCCCCAUGCUGAAUGGAUAAUUAAGCAAAACCCAUCUUAUCCUCGGAUGUUCUAAGAAAGUGUGGUUAAAGUUUUUUGGAAGCCUGGAAAAGAUGUUCCUGGUACAGUCACAGGCUGGACAAUGCUUUUGUCUUUGAAGGAAAGACAGCUUUAUUUACUGCUUCCAUGACAGCUGCCUCUGAGAGUACACUAUCCUACAUGCUAACAGGGGUGUUGAUAACAAGAGGCAAUUAAUAUGAUGUAGCAGAAGUUACAAGGGGUAUGGUUAUUCUUAAAUAAUCCCCUCCCAAACAAAGCUACAGUGAUUGUACAGCAGACAUGGAAUGUAAGAGAAGGAACAUCUUCUUGAAGAUGCUUGAAGACAUCUAUUUCUUCUGGAUUUGCUCUUUCUUUUUAUGACAUCCACACUUUGGAAGAUAGGCAGUCAGCUACUGCAGUGAUACUAAUGGGAUUCCUGUUGCACAUCACCACAAGUUGUGAUCCUGGGUUUCACUGAUAAGAUACUGUUACAUUCUUUGAAGAAUAAAAAAGGAUGCUUCCAAAAAGGCCAGGUGGGAUGUGAAGCCAACAUUCUGUGUUUAAUGACUACAGUUAAACACAAGAAAUUAACUUUUCUUGGAAAAAAGUAUGGGAAGGACAGCAGCCUUUGAAAUGUACAGUGUGAUAGGAGAGAUGCCUGGUAAUGUAAGAACAAAUGUACUGGUUGCCACUGAGACCAAAACAUGCAUUUGGUUUGCUGGAAAAUCUGUGUAUCAAUGGAUAACCAACCAAGGAAACAUUCUGAAGUUAAUUGGAGGUUAGUAAUCUGGGCUGGCCAUGUGAAGUGAACUUCUUGGAAGACCCUGUGUGAAUAUGUCUGUUUGAAAAAACACAACAAUGAGAACAACAACAACAAACCCAAGCAAAAAACCCAAGCAGUUCCUAAGAUGUGUGGUGACUGCAAAAAGAGGUCUGUGCCUGUACCUGAUCACACAGUAGGUACUGACUUGAGCCCUCACUGCUCUGCACAUUUUCAUCCUGCACAGCACCAUUUCUGAAAAUUCUUUUUAAUUUUUUAUAUGCUAUUUUUAGACACUAUUGAAUAUUUAUUCAUGUGGCAGAAACAGGGCUGCCCUGCAAGUCUAUACUCAAAGUAUUUCAUUUUCCAAAUCCUAGCUGCACUAGUGACAAUCUCCAGUAUUAUUUCUUUUGUUUAACUGAAUGUUUCCCUCCUCUUGUUUUCUCCCAGGCUGAAGUGUAGCUAUCUCUAUUCAUUAUCUAAAAGUCCUGGUUUUUUCUAUUGUAAAGGCUCUCUAUUCUGUGGUUUGUCUGUCUGUGUGGUUAAAUGCUCAUGGUGGUUCAAAUCUUGGAGGCCAUAGUCCAUUUUUGGCCUUUACUUUGAGGUGAGCCAUAGUCCAUAUUCUUUCUAACCUGUUGUGAGAGCUGCUGAUGUCUUGAAGCAAUGCAUGUUAUUAGAGAGUCUGCUUUUUUUGACUGAGCUGAUGCAGGUGCACUGAUUUGGGAAGAUCAUCUUCAUAGCUGUGUUCUUAAGAACCCAUAGUAGACACUUGCAAAAAAACCACUUCGUGUCCCUGAUCCAGAACCCCAAUGUCAAGACUUCUUAAGGUGCCUCUGGUUAAUAGGGCUUAAAUUGGUCCUAAAAGGGCCUGAUUCUUGUCCUUGAGGAUGGGUGAUUUGUGUCCCAUGAAAGAUCAUCUGCUUUAAAAACUGGGCAUUAAAAAUCAAUGGUACCUAUUCACUCAUUCCUUCUGGAAGUCUUUAUUGCAGUGAUGGAGCUUAGCAAAGAGCGAAUGCCAGAGAUGUGAUACUCUAAGAAAUACCUAACACAGAAAGUUAUCAGUGGGAGAGAAACAAUCUGUUCCUGCUCAAAAAUGCUUUGUAAGCCAAACUGCAUCCCUGAUAAAUCACAUAAUGCUGCAUUUUUUUUCCCAUCUUGGUAUGCUGGAUCUUUUUUGAAACAUGUAUGAUGGGGACAUGCUACAUCACUGCUGCUGUAAACAAUGAAUGAGUGAGGUUUUUGAGCACCAAACAAUGUGAAUCAGUGGAAAACAAAGCUGGUAGGAGAUUCUCAUGAGACAAAUACCAGUUCUCAAAUAUGAAAGGAAAUGUAAACAAACAAAUCUCUUUCCAGAUGAUGGAUAUGCUUUUUUUUUACUUUUCCUAUCUUUGUACCAAAAAGCAAGUAUGAGUUUUUCAGUACCUAACGGGCAACCUACUUCUGAAUGGUGGCUUUUAACAGCUUUUUUACAAGUUUUUAAUUCUGUAUU